AUGGACGGUAACUUUCCGCACAACGGCAUUCUCCCAUUUACAUACCAAGCAUCUGGGAUUCUCUUUGCAGAUUGGAUAAAUCUAUUUACACUCUGUCUCGCCCCCCUCAUUGUUCAUAUCGUUGCUGGCGUUCCAUCGCCCGUCUAUCUCUCUAGCCCACGACCUCGUUGGCACGAGCGGCUCGGCCACUAUAAUCCCACUUCGAUACUAUGGCGUUACUUCUCCAUCAUCGAUCGACGAGCACGAUCGCGUGCAUGGAAUUCUGCGGAUAUGGCAGCUAGUAAUGCACAUUUUUGGACAUCGAGUGGUUGGGAUGGCUCCGAAAAUAUGAUGCGGAAAAGUCGACGCUUUUGUUCUCGCAUUCCUAGUUCCCCGCAUGCUGUUUGGGUUUCGAAGACCUCAGCCGAAACAGUAGCGACUGUAUUGCAAGGGCUGCAAGCCGCUUGGCAAUUGGUCGGAGGAUUGAACGGGGGUGCCUAUUCUAAUACUAUCUCUCUGGGGACGGUUUUUGCACCGCUGGCUAUAUGCGGAUUAAUAAGAUUACCAGCGGCCUUCUGGAUAUCUGAUGACUACUCUUACGUGGAUGUAGAUGUCGAUAGCGAUAGUGACCCCGAAGUGGAAACUCGCAACGGAUACAGCCUAACUGGCACACUAAAACCACGCAAAUCACUAACAAGUCGUACCCUUCUCAGCUUAGGACUUCUCGAACCAUUCCCAGUCCACUCGCUUAACCUCCACUCUCCCCGUAACUGGCGCGGUAUAACUGUACGGAUCCUCUUUCUCCUUCCGUUACUUGCUCUCCUGGUCCUAGCGCUCCUUUAUCUUAUACCUUAUGAAAAUUCAUCUUAUCCUUUGAAUAUCUUCUUCACACUUACUCAAUUCCUCGUCGUCGUAUUCUUCACCAUCUUCCUCGUUUGCUCAAUCCCAAUCUACACAUUCUAUUUCCUGACCAAUAAUUCCACCACCACUAUCAUCCCAUGCAUAACGAGUCUUUGGUACAAAAUCUACACAGCCCUGUUAUUCGCCUGCAUUCUUGGCCUAGUCUGCGUUGCAGGUCUUGAAACUCGCGCCACCCCAUGUGGUCUAUAUACCACUAUACCGCCUGGCUUUUUUGAUAUGGUAGUUUGUGGAGGUCUGAGUGUGGCUAGGAAUGAGGCUGUGGAUGGGAUAGCUUCUGGUUUACCGUUCGGAGUUGCGUGGCGGAAUAGUACGAGUGAGGAGUUGGGGGGUGGAGUGUUUUAUCUGGGGGAAUUUGAUGGGUGGUGUAAGCUUGAGAUCACGGGCGAAGUAGUUGAAGCCUUUAUGCCUGUCAAUUUUUCGAGCUUUGGUGGGUGA